AUGUGGAACCUGGAGAACGGGCCAUACCGGGCAGCCCUGCGCCACAGCACCGCAGCCUUCAGAGGAAAUAAGCCAGUGGAGGAGAGCCGUGGCCAGGGGAGGGUGGAGGAGAUGAGAGCCUACGGAGGGGACCCAGGGAAGGGGAGAGGGGACCCAGGGAAGGGGAAGGUGGAGGAGAGCCGUGGCCAGGGGAGGGUGGAGGAGAGGAGAGCCUACGGAGGGGACCCAGGGAAGGGGAAGGGGAGAGGGGACCCAGGGAAGGGGAAGGUGGAGGAGAGCCGUGGCCAGGGGAGGGUGGAGGAGAGGAGAGCCUACGGAGGAGAGCCGUGGCCAGGGGAAGGUGGAGGAGAGGAGAGCCUACGGAGGGGACCCAGGGAAGGGGAGAGGGGACCCAGGGAAGGGGAAGGUGGAGGAGAGCCGUGGCCAGGGGAGGGUGGAGGAGAGGAGAGCCUACGGAGGGGACCCAGGGAAGGGGAGGGUGGAGGAGAGGAGAGCCUACGGAGGGGACCCAGGGAAGGGGAGGGUGGAGGAGAGGAGAGCCUACGGAGGAGAGCCGUGGCCAGGGGAGGGUGGAGGAGAGGAGAGCCUACGGAGGAGAGCCGUGGCCAGGGGAAGGUGGAGGAGAGGAGAGCCUACGGAGGGGACCGAGGGAAGGGGAGAGGGGACCCAGGGAAGGGGAAGGUGGAGGAGAGCCGUGGCCAGGGGAGGGUGGAGGAGAGGAGAGCCUACGGAGGGGACCCAGGGAAGGGGAGGGUGGAGGAGAGGAGAGCCUACGGAGGGGACCCAGGGAAGGGGAGAGGGGACCCAGGGAAGGGGAAGGUGGAGGAGAGGAGAGCCUACGGAGGGGACCCAGGGAAGGGGAGGGUGGAGGAGAGGAGAGCCUACGGAGGGGACCCAGGGAAGGGGAGAGGGGACCCAGGGAAGGGGAAGGUGGAGGAGAGCCGUGGCCAGGGGAGGGUGGAGGAGAGGAGAGCCUACGGAGGAGAGCCGUGGCCAGGGGAAGGUGGAGGAGAGGAGAGCCUACGGGGGGACCCAGGGAAGGGGAGAGGGGACCCAGGGAAGGGGAAGGUGGAGGAGAGCCGUGGCCAGGGGAGGGUGGAGGAGAGGAGAGCCUACGGAGGAGAGCCGUGGCCAGGGGAAGGUGGAGGAGAGGAGAGCCUACGGAGGGGACCCAGGGAAGGGGAGAGGGGACCCAGGGAAGGGGAAGGUGGAGGAGAGCCGUGGCCAGGGGAGGGUGGAGGAGAGGAGAGCCUACGGAGGGGACCCAGGGAAGGGGAGGGUGGAGGAGAGGAGAGCCUACGGAGGGGACCCAGGGAAGGGGAGGGUGGAGGAGAGGAGAGCCUACGGAGGAGAGCCGUGGCCAGGGGAGGGUGGAGGAGAGGAGAGCCUACGGAGGAGAGCCGUGGCCAGGGGAAGGUGGAGGAGAGGAGAGCCUACGGAGGGGACCCAGGGAAGGGGAGAGGGGACCCAGGGAAGGGGAAGGUGGAGGAGAGCCGUGGCCAGGGGAGGGUGGAGGAGAGGAGAGCCUACGGAGGGGACCCAGGGAAGGGGAGGGAGAGCCUACGGAGGGGACCCAGGGAAGGGGAGGGUGGAGGAGAGGAGAGCCUACGGAGGGGACCCAGCGAAGGGGAGGGUGUAGGAGAGGAGAGCCUACGGAGGGGACCCAGGGAAGGGGAAGGUGGAGGAGAGGAGAGCCUACGGAGCGGACCCAGGGAAGGGGAGGGUGGAGGAGAGGAGAGCCUACGGAGGGGACCCAGGGAAGGGGAGGGUGGAGGAGAGGAGAGCCUACGGAGGGACCCAGGGAAGGGGAAGGUGGAGGAGAGGAGAGCCUACGGAGGGGACCCAGGGAAGGGGAGGGUGGAGGAGAGGAGAUUCUACGGAGGGGACCCUGGGAAGGGGAAGGUGGAGGAGAGGAGAGCCUACGGAGGGGACCCAGGGAAGGGGAGGGUGGAGGAGAGGAGAGCCUACGGAGGGGAGCCAGGGAAGGGGAAGGUGGAGGAGAGGAUAGCCUACGGAGGGGACCCAGGGAAGGGGAAGGUGGAGGAGAGGAGAGCCUACGGAGGGGACCCAGCGAAGGGGAGGGUGGAGGAGAGGAGAGCCUACGGAGGGGACCCAGGGAAGGGGAGGGUGGAGGAGAGGAGAGCCUACGGAGCGGACCCAGGGAAGGGGAGGGUGGAGGAGAGGAGAGCCUACGGAGGCGACCCAGGGAAGGGGAAGGUGGAGGAGAGGAGAGCCUACGGAGGGGACCCAGGGAAGGGGAGGGUGGAGGAGAGGAGAGCCUACGGAGGGGACCCAGGGGAGGGGAAGGUGGAGGAGAGGAGAGCCUACGGAGGGGACCCAGGGAAGGGGAGGGUGGAGGAGAGGAGAGCCUACGGAGGCGACCCAGGGAAGGGGAAGUUGGAGGAGAGGAGAGCCUACGGAGGGGACCCAGGGAAGGGGAGGGUGGAGGAGAGGAGAGCCUACAGAGGGGACCCAGGGGAGGGGAAGGUGGAGGAGAGGAGAGCCUACGGAGGGGACCCAGGGAAGGGGAAGGUGGAGGAGAGGAGAGCCUACGGAGGGGACCCAGGGAAGGGGAGGGUGGAGGAGAGGAGAGCCUACGGAGGGGACCCAGGGAAGGGGAGGGUGGAUGAGAGGAGAUUCUACGGAGGGGACCCUGGGAAGGGGAAGGUGGAGGAGAGGAGAGCCUACGGAGGGGACCCAGGGAAGGGGAGGGUGGAGGAGAGGAGAGCCUACGGAGGGGACCCAGGGAAGGGGAAGGUGGAGGAGAGGAUAGCCUACGGAGGGGACCCAGGGAAGGGGAAGGUGGAGGAGAGGAGAGCCUACAGAGGGGACCCAGCGAAGGGGAGGGUGGAGGAGAGGAGAGCCUACGGAGGGGACCCAGGGAAGGGGAGGGCCUCUCCCCGGACUGCCUCCCAGGCCAGAACAAUGGCGGGCCCUGGAGCCCAGCUCUCCCACAGGCCCGGUGAGAGGAGGCCGGGGGCUGGGUACUGA